UUUUCUGCAAGUUGUUAAGCUGAAAUAGACAACGGGAAACGUGCAGCAAAAAUAACAUGUGUAGCGGUUUCGUUUUAAAAUGUCUGGCGGUGUUGUUAUUGAUCAAUUUUGUUGCUUCAAACUGUUUUUAGUCUGAGAUAAGAACAUAUUUUUAUUAAUUGAUGAUUGUAAAAACUUGAUUUAUUUUAUUUAAUUCGAAAAGGACAUUUUUUUCCUUCAAUGAUGAAUUCCUUCUCUUAUGAUGAUGCACUAAAGCUUAUUCCCAAAGCUCGACCCAGAAAAUUCCUGGAAUCUCGUUGCGAUCCUGUUCUUGAUCACUGCAUGAAAUUACGAAAAUUCCAUAAUGAAAUUGAGCAUUUGAUACUUAUGACUGCUAAUUUAAAAGAAGUAUAUGAUGAUUCUGAAAGAGAACCCAUUCUUCAGUCCUUACCACCUAUUCCUGAAAUUCCACAACUGAUAAUGAAAACUCCUGAUGAAAAACUAAAAAAUUUGUCUCUUGAGGAAAUGGAACUAUCAGAUGAAAGUAUAAUGAAGCUUGUAUCAAAAAGUAUAGCUUGUGUUUUGUUUAUUCUUGGUUAUACAGAUAUGUCUUCUCAUUUGUUGCAAAUGCUAAGUAAAGUUAUCAUAGAUUAUGUGAAAUCUUUGAUUGAGAAAAUGGUACAACUAUUACCAAUAAAUGGUUCUAUUUCUUUGGACUUAUUAGAAGCAGCCCUGCAAAGUGAAGGAAUCAAUGGAAUUGGAGAGCUGUAUUCAUUUUAUGCUGAAAGAAUUGUUAAGUUUCAUGACAAAUUCUAUCUGAAAUGCAGAAGAUUAUGUGAUGACUUAAGGAAUAAUUUGAAAAAGCCAGAUGCUCCACCUGUGGAAAAUAUUACAGAAAGCUCUGUUGAUGAACUAUGUUCAACUGAUAUUAUCAAGGAGGAACAAAACAAUGAAGCUAAUUCUAAAGAUUCAAUCAAAUACUCUCUUGACUCAGGGGUGUUAGCUGAAGAUAUAUUUGUUCGCAAGAAAAUUAAACGAAAAUCUGUACGUUUUGGUCCCCAAAUUGAAAUGUGUGAAAUAAGCAAAAAUAAAAAAUUACUUAUGACAAACAUUGCAGUUGAUAAAGAGAAAUUUCCUGCUGAAAAGUCUGUUUAUUCUGAAUCUUUCACAUACUUACAAAGUAUGUUGACAGACAGUUCAGUUUCUUUAAAAGGCAAAAAUAGCAGUCAAAUAACUGGUUUAUUUAAUAACUCAUUUUAUUAUUGUGAUGAUGAAAUAUUAAGUGACAGUAAAAGUAUUAUUUGUGAUGUAAAUAAAGUUCCUGAUAAAAGUGCAGUCAGUUAUCCUGAUUAUGAAUCAUCAGUUCAAAGUUCAAUUCGUGUUGAUGCAGUAAAAGAUCCUGAUAUAAAUGCACAUGGCUCUGAAUUGAUUGAUGUGUCAUGGGAUCAGGAUGUUAAUAUUGUUUGUGAUGAAGAGGAAGCUAUAAAUAACAAUACAUUUGAUUCUGAAUUUGUUGAAGAAUCAGUUCCUGAUGAAGAGAAAGCUCUCAAUAAAAGUGCAAUUGGCUCUAAAUCAGUUGAUGAUUCAUCCAAUCAAGGUACUAAUAUUGUUAGUAUAGAAGAGAAAGAUUUUGGUGAAAUUGCAAUGGACUCUGAAUUAGUGCAAGAUGCUAAUAUUGUUUUUGACAAAAAGAAAGCUUGUUAUACAAAUGCAGUUGCAUCUAAACUGACCAAUGAACUUUUGAAUCAAGAUUCUGAUAUGGUUAAUGAGGAAGAGAAAGAUGCCUGUAAAAAUUCAUUUGAUUUUGAAUUGAUUGAGGUAUCAGCAAUACAAGAUACUAGUCUUGUUCCUAAUGAAAAGAAAGCUUUUAAUAGAAAUGCAAUUGAUUCUGAACCAUGCAGUCAGGAUGUUAAUAUUGCUGGUGUAGAAAAGAAAUCUUUUGAUAAAAGUGCAAUAGGUUCCAAAUCGACUGACAAUCUUUUGAAUUUGGACAGUAAUAUAAGUCGUUAUGAAAAAAGAACCCCAGUUAAUAAUGUGAUUGACCCUGAAUCUCGUUCAAAUCUAGAAUGUGUGUUCCCUGAUAAUACAGAUUCUUCUGAAUGUACAAAGCACAUUUCAGAAUUAUCUUGUGAACUUAAUAGCUCAGUUUGUAAACACAUUACAAAAAAAUCGGUAAGUCAUUCUACUGAUAAGCCGCUGCACAAUCACAAAGCUAUAAGAAAAUUAGCUGAUUUGAAAAAUUUUGGUUCUUUGUCCGAUAAUUCAACUGGGCCUAAAAGGAAGAAACCCAAACUUAUGAAGCAUAAAAAAGUGUUUGAAAAUGACACAAAUAUGGAAACUAUACCUACCAAAAUGAAAGAUGAUAUAGAAAAUUGUGAACAUACAAGUUCUAGUCUUGAUUAUAAUAUAAACAGUACAAAAAAUUUAAAAGAAAGUGAAGAAAAUAAUUUUCACAAUUAUCAUAACCCCAAAACUAGUUUAACGUUUGAAGAUAGUUCUGUAACUAUUAGGAGUAGUGAAACUAUUAAUUACAUGCAGGACGUGAGCAGCUCUUCCGAAAAUGAGACUGAACAGAUAUGGGUAUCUCUCUAAAUAAGAAUGUUCUUAGAAUAAAAUUGUUCAAAUUCAUUUUUUUAAGGAAACAUGCCAUUGCAUUUGAAAAUAAAAAGUAAUAUUAACACCUA